AUGUUACAUAUAGUAGAUACACAGCCACAUACAGAGUCACAUACAAAAAUGGAAAACGACGAGAUAAAUAAACAGUCAGAAAUAAGCGCAAUCCCUCGCCCAUACGUAGAGAGAACAGAGCUUGAGAGGGAUCCAAAUGGCGCAGAUGAUUUGUACAAACAAACAUUGGAGGCAUCUGAUCUCAUAUACGGAAAAAAGCCACCCGUCAACAACUUUACCUUCAAAGACAUAACAUACAAAGGCAUCAUAAAGAAAGUCACACACUCUUUCAAAAGCGGACAGAUGACAGCAAUACUUGGCCCGUCUGGCGCAGGAAAGACGACGUAUCUGAAGGUAAUAUCUGGAAGAAAGCAGAAAACAACGGGAGAAAUCAUUUUGAAUGGACAGGAGAUAAGCCAGAAGGAGCUGCGAAAGAAAAUAGCCUAUGUCCACCAGGAGGACCACCUGUAUCCUUCGCUGACUGCAAAAGAGAUGCUUGUGUACACCAUACGGCUAAAAUCACCGGAAGAGAAAAACCCAGAAGAGCUUGCGGAUAAGCUGCUCGCAGAGGUGGGCAUGGCGCAUGUCAAAGACACUUUGAUUGGAGACCCGCUGGAGGGAUCUGCAGGCCUGUCUGGGGGAGAGAGAAAAAGACUAUCAGUCGCGCAAGAGCUGGUUUCUCUCCCGGACACACUCUUUUUGGAUGAGCCAACUAGCGGACUUGAUUCAUACACUUCAGAAUCACUGAUUAUUCAUCUUAAAAAUCUUGCCAGUUUAGGUAUGCUAGUGACAAUGACCAUCCACCAGCCCUCUUCCGACAUAUUCCACAUGUUUGACAACAUCAUUCUGAUGAAAAACGGGUACAUAGCGUAUGCAGGCUCUCCAACUGAUCUAUUACUCUAUUUGGAAAAGAUAGGAAUACCCUGUCCCAAGUACACAAACCCAGCUGACCACCUGUUCAGAAUCCUAGAUAAAAUGCCAAAAUCAGCAUAUCCCCCGAUAAGGCUCAGCGGAGCAGAAGACACAGAAGCAUUUGACACAAAUAGACCAAAAACAACGCUGUCCUCAUUUCUGUACGAAAUUAAAGUAUUAACAUCUAGGACUAUUCUGUGCAGCGUUAGAAAUAGAAAGUAUCUCUAUGCUAAGUGCGGUCAUGCUCUGUUCGUGGCAAUUAUCACAGGGCUAUUCUUAUACAACAUACCAGCUAAAGAGGCAUACCAAAUAGAGACAAAUGUCAUAGGAUGCUACAGGACCAUAACAAUGGCUACCUUUGGGUCUUUCUCGUACGGAGCCAUUUCAAUUCUCUUCUCGGACAGGAAGAUUUUUCUGAAAGAGUAUGGAUCCAACUACUACACGUUCCUUCCAUAUUUCAUUUCUAAAUUGGUGGUUGACUUCUCCAUUACCGCAAUGCAUCCGCUGGUGGGCACUCCAAUCAUAUUCUACCUCUCUGGAAUAGGAAGCAUCAGCCAUAUAUUCGGGUGUCUUCUCCUGGGAGCCACAGCGCAUGCGCUCGGUGUGCUAGUUUCUUCGUUUGUAGAAACAUCAGAAAUUGCGCUGGCUUUGUUCCCAGCUCUUGCAUACUUCAUAAACAUGCUGACAGGAACAGACGUGGAGCCAGACUCAAUACUUUCAGGGCUGAAAUAUCUGCAGUAUAUAUCACCCCCCAGACACGCGUACAACAUCAUGAUAAAGCUGCACUACCAGGGAGACACAACCGUAUCGCCAAGGCUAAAGGGAUUGGUUGAUGGAUUUGUGUCUAUUAGGACAUCGAUGAUCACUCUGUUCAUCACAUACUUUGUGCUGAUAACAAUAGCCGGAUAUUCUCUCAAGCGCAAGGUGAUGCAGCUGACAAAAGGAUAA